ACGAUGUCAUUACCCGGAAAUGCCCUCACGUUGUUAAGUGCACUGGAAAAUAAACACGUGUGAAUCUUACCUCAGCUAAUGUGGUAUAUUUAUGCUGUUUAAAUGUUAGCUAGCCCGUAUUUUCCUUGAAACGAAAAUGUUUCCCAGUGCAACGGAUAGUAAUACGCAUAUUUGGAUUUAGUGUACUUAAGGUGUCUUAAUACAUAUUUAUAAUUUAGUUAUUUAAGGGUUGCUGUCAUGGCUGAUGACGUUUUGAUGCUUAACAUUUCCUCGGAUCCUUUAACGUUUCCCAGAAAGAAAAACCAUGGGAAAUUUUCAUGGAAAAAGAAGGAGCCGUUGAAAAGAAAGGCUGAAUGUGAGCCACAGGAGAACAGCACCUUCAAACAGAGAAAGAUUAAUCAAACUGGACAACAGCACAGACAUAAGCAAAAACUGCAAUCCAGAAGCCCAUCUCAGAGGAAUAAUAAUGGAGACAUAGAGGAGACUGGGGACCAGAGAGAAAACUCAGCUGCAAAGUCGCCAUCAAAGGUGAAAACAUUUCCAAAGAAAGCCCCCGAAGAGCAUGGCAGACCAUUAAUCAAGACAUCCUCCCUUUUCAGAAACAACCCAGAGAUCCCUGAUGUCCAAAGUCCAGCAGUAAGUGUCGUGAAAGAAAAGGUUUUUACAAACAACACUUUUGAAGAACUGGAUCUGCAUCCUCAUUUGGUGUCAACCCUCGAGAAUGUGUUAAAGGUUACCAGUAUGACCAGUGUACAAAAGCAGAGUAUUCCAAUGCUCAUGUCCGGUAAAGAUGCUGUAAUCCGUUCCCAGACUGGAUCAGGAAAAACAUUGGCCUAUGGCAUUCCGAUGGUGCAGUCUCUACAAGCAAUACAACCUAAAGUGAAGAGAUCGGAUGGGCCUUUGGCUGUUGUCAUUGUUCCAACCAGAGAGCUUGCCCUGCAGAGCUUUCAAAUGUUUCAGAAACUUCUAAAACCUUUCAUCUGGAUCGUGCCUGGAGUUCUGAUGGGAGGAGAGAAAAUGAAAUCAGAAAAAGCCAGACUGAGGAAGGGCAUUAAUGUUCUGAUCACAACCCCUGGGAGACUGGUGGACCACAUCAAAAACACUCUGAGCAUUGUAUUCAGUGCUGUGCGCUGGCUUGUUCUGGAUGAAGCUGACAGGACUCUGGACCUGGGCUUUGAGAAAGAUCUGACAGUGAUUCUGAAUGCUCUAAACACCACUGGACCUGCCAGGCAGAAUGUGCUGCUUUCAGCCACUCUCAAUGAAGGACUGUCUCGUUUGGCCAGCAUCAGUAUGAAGGACCCUGUGACCAUCCACGUGUCAGAGGGGAGCGAGCAGACGGCUCAAGUGUGUCCCCAGGCGGCUCCUCAGGCUCUGUCAGACAGCUAUGCAGUACCUGAAAGACUGAAGCAGCAUGUGGUGGUGGUGCCCAGCAAACUCCACCUGGUCUGUUUGGCUACCUUCAUUCUGGCAAAAUGCAAGUUUGAGCGUGGACAGAAGCUGAUCGUGUUCAUGUCCUGCUGUGAUGCUGUGGAGUUUCUGCUUACACUUUUCACUUCAGUCCUGUGUGAGAAGUCCAACACCGCUCCAGCCAACAACCUCAACUUCUACAGGCUUCACGGCAACAUGAAACAAGAGGAGCGUACAGAGGUCUUCCACGAGUUCUCCCAAUGUCAGACUGGCAUUCUUCUGUGCACCGAUGUGGCUGCACGUGGAUUGGAUUUGCCUCAGGUUACAUGGAUUGUACAGUAUAACCCUCCCAUUUCUGUUGAGGAAUACGUUCACCGCGUCGGCCGCACGGCACGAAUCGGUGCCCAGGGCAACAGCCUGCUUUUCCUCACCCCCUCUGAGACCGCCUUUGUGGAUGUGCUGGCCAAUCACAACAUCAGUCUGUCCGAAAUGAAGAUGAACGACAUCUUGUCCGCUUUGAUGCAGGACGGGCGCUUCAAAGGCAGAGGGAAAUGGAGCAGCAAGAAAUCAGACGCUGCUUUUGAACAGGAGGUGCGGGAGAGAGCCACUGUUUUACAAACCGAUUUUGAAAAUUAUGUUCAUGCUAAUAAUGAGUCACUGCAAACAGCCAAGAGUGCUCUGCAGUCUUUUCUGAGAGCUUACACCACGUACCCCUCCAGUCUGAAACACAUCUUCCACAUCCGCAACCUGCACCUGGGCCACGCUGCUAAGAGCUUUGGCCUGAGGGACGCACCUCAGGGCCUGGCCAGCUCCAUAACUACUAAUCCUGCCAACUGCAAAAACAGUAAGAAGGGCAAAGAUAAAGACAAAAGGACGCCUCCCAGGAAGCUGACAAGCAAAGAGCGUGUGUCAAACCUAAUGCGAUCUGAGUAUGUCAGUGGGAUAGAGGGAGAAUCCAAGUCUAAGAAGAAAAGAAAAAAGAAAAAGGGUAGCACAGAGGAAUCUGCUGAAGCUUAAAAAGGAAGCUAUAGGAGCAGAGGAAGUGCUGAGGUCAGAGCACCUGCAUCCAGAUGGAUUCACACGUGUUCACAAACAGAAUAUGACAUUUGUGCCUGUAACAAAGCACGGUGGCUCAGAAGCAUGGACUGAAAACAUGCAAAAACCUUGAUGUAGAUGACAAAAUAAUGUGUUUGGGGGUGAAACCCUGGAAUAUUUGAUUAAGCCUGCAGACACUUUUGAGCUGCGAAAUUGUUAUGUGUCAUGUUGUAACUAUUUGAACAGUGUGAUUUUACAAAAAAGCUUUUUCAUGUAUUGACUUGAAACACUGUCACUAUAUUUUAAAUAAAGCUGAGUUGUAUUCAG